AACAACUUCAAAGUGUCCAAAACAUCACUAUUAAGUAAGGUACAUGAUAAUUAAAAGAAUCGUAUCUUUCCCUACAAUGGUUGGUAGAUGCUAGUUUAACAUCAUUUGCGUUUUAAUUAAAUUGUUUUUCUCGAUCAAGAAACAGCCGUUAUAAACACUGCGUCAAUAGAAUCAAACGUCAUAAAGGGCUAUAGAUAAUCACCAAAGACUGCCUUCUACCAUAGAAAUUCAAGGUUUUAGAAAAUGGCAAUAUUAAUAAGAGGAAUGCACGGCUUUCACGUCAUCCUUUGCGAUCCUAUUAAAAUAAGACGACAUACUCAAAGCUCAUCACAUUUUUGGCCGUUUUGCUAGAACCGACCUACAAAUAAAUUGGUGAUAACUCCAGUACCAAUUAUCUCACAAGAUUCCGCUGAACUGCUGCUCAAGUGAGCAAAAUCUAUAACAUCUGUUCGUUACAAAUCGACUUCAGAGUCAAAAUCUCAGCUGAUGUUGGCGAAAAUCACUAUUUCAGUAUAUUCUUGUUCACUAUAUGCUUGGCAAUAUACAGGAACAUGCAUUGCUUGUGCGCAAUACUGGGGACCGUAAAGAAGAUGUGCAGCUUUCUUUCUAUAGUGGCACUGAUGGUACUUAUUGGAGGAGUCUCGGCAAAGGUGUGUUACUUUGCUCAAGAGCCCAAUCCUAGCCGUGGACAUCAACUCCAAUGGGUGAUGGUAGGUAGUAAAAACGAACGCUGCUCGUGUACGAACAUCUUAGCAGGAGGAGUAAACACAAGGGCAACGAAGACACCGUACGAAAAAUACUACACCGAUCAACCACUGUUCACUCAAGACGUAGAAGAGAUUCACGAUUACUUCGAUUGUCAUGAUGAAAAAAUGAUGACCACUAAAAAGACACAAGAACAUGCCGACUGCCAAGCUUGGCUUGAUACCGGAAGCACUACCAGUGGAGUUUACCACAUCGGUUUACAAUCACCUACAGGCACGAAAGCAGUCUACUGUGACAUGGAAGGUGACAAAGGCUGGAUGGUUUUCCAAAGGCGCCAAGACGGGUCUCUGAACUUCACUCGGACUUGGCUCGAGUACAAAACAGGCUUUGGUGAUGUAAGCAGUGAGUUCUGGCUUGGAAAUGAAGCACUUCGUCUGCUGACUAAGGAUGGGUCUAAUUGGACAAUCCGUGUGGAUCUUAUAGAUGAAGAGGGUCAGAAAAUGUCUCUGAUUACUUCACCCUUCUAUAUUACAGGAGACAAGUACGCCCUCAGCGUUGGAAGCCCUGAUAUUGAGCCAGUCGAUGGAAAAUGUGAACAACCCCUCGGAAUGGAAGACAAAACCAUUCCUGAUUCGAGCAUCACAGCAUCAGGUGUCUACGAAAAAUAUUCGGGUUAUUGUUCUGAGGUUAAUGGGCGUCUAAACCAGGUGGAUGGCAGUUGGUGCCCGAGAUACGAGACUGCAUCAUGGUUUCAGGUAGAUCUAAAGAUACAGACCCAGGUUGAAGGUGUCAUUAUGCAAGGAAGUUAUCUUUCUACCGAUAACGAGUGGGUAAAAAAGUACACAGUGGAGUAUAGUUCCGACCAGACACAAUGGGACUACGUUGGUGGAACAACUAAGGCUACAGCACAGGUAUUCGAUGGCAAUACGGAUCAUAAUAGCAUCGUUACCAGCACGUUCGACGAGCCUAUUCAAGCACGGUACAUCCGCAUCAAACCGACAGAUUAUAACGUAUGGCCAUCAAUGCGGAUUGAGCUCAUUGGUUGCAAAGGUGGUGUUUUUGAGUCGUUGAAUGGCCGUACGUUCUCAACCUAUGACAACGACAAUGACAACGAUGGUCAAAACUGUGCAGAUGUCGUCAAGGCAGGUUGGUGGUUCGAUGACUGUGCAGUAGAAUCGAACCUGAAUGGCGAAUUUUCGCAUCGAUUGGAUUCGGGUCUGGAGUAUCGCGGUAUUCGUUGGUUCACUUGGCCGGGACGACAAAUUGUCAAGACCGAAAUGAAGAUGCGUCGCAAUAACUAAAGCAGAUCAUAGUAAUUUUUGUUUGCGGGAUGCAAUCAAUUCUAACAGCAGUAGUUAACUAUUCAGUCCCUUUUUUUUUUUAAGAAAUGCUGUAUCAUCAAAUCCUGAUGCAAGCAACUUCAAAAUUUUAAUAAUGAUAAAAAUUAGUAAUAGAUAGAAGAUUACAAGUACGCUUUAAAGGCAGUGGACACUAUUAGUAAUUACUCAAAAUAAUUAUUAGCAAAAAACCUUACUAACGCGUAACAGGGAGAGGCUGACGGUAUAAAACAUUGUGAGAAACGGCUCCCUCU